CAGAAGCAACGUGCCUUUGUCAGGGGUGUAUUUACCACAAGGCAAACAAGGCAUUUGCCUAGGGCAGCAUCUUUCAGAGGGGCAGCGGUAAUUUUCGGGGGGGGGGGGGGGCAGCGCCGCCCCUUUAAAGAAGGGAUGGAAGAAGAGACACACACAGCAUGGGGACCAAGUGGGAUCUGAGAGAGGCUGUGGGCUGCUUGAUGGUGUAUGCAGAGCCUGACUCUUGUUCCCAGGGAUGUCCGGAGCUGUGAAGGGGGCUGUGUAAGUGGAAGGCUCUCUUCUCGGGUAAAGGUGGGUGGGCUGGGGUGU